GGCUUCGGCCGGUUGGCGACUGGACUUGGCCGUGGCACGCGUCGUGCCGGGGCUCAGUGCAGUGCGGGGCCCUCGGGAGCCAGGGCGACGACGUUGGUUCCAGAGGGCUGUAGUAUCCAAGAUGAAUGACAGCUUAUUUGUCAGUUUGGACAGACUUUUACUAGAAUUUGUUUUCCAGUAUGAGCAAGACAUAAAUACUAAAGAAGAUAUGAUUCAAAGAAUUAAUAAAUGCUUUGAAGAUAUUAAAGAAAACAAAGCAGCUAUUUGUAAGAUACAUGAAAGUAUAAAUACAACAGAUGAGGAAAUUGAUUAUUACUGUAAGCAUAGUAAGGAGAUCAAAGACAGCUGUAGUGACUGGAAGCCAACAUGUGAUGUUUUUCAUAAACAUGAAGAUUAUAUGCAGGACCAAUGUACUAUUUAUCAAGAUACUAUUGAAAAAGACAAAAAAAUGUAUCAUGGUUAUGUGUGUCAGUAUAAAGAUGUUUUGAAGCAGUACCAACUGAAAUACUCAGAAACACCUUUUUCACAUGAAUAUUAUGAGAAGAAAAAAGAACAUGAAGAAAUUCAAAACAGAGUGUUGACAUAUUCUGAACAAUUAAAAACAAAUGAAACUAUUUUAAUGGAAUUCCUAGUGCCAGCUCCCUUUCCAUCACUUAUUAAAUGGACAUUACAUGUGGUUGAUCUGCGAAAUAAAACACAAACUAUUCUUAAACAUGCCAGCAAUUUUACCAAAAGUUCAUCUGAACUGAAGAAAGAAGUAGAUGAAAUGGAAAUAGAAAUUAAUUAUUUAAACCAGCAUAUCGCAAGACAUUAUGAAACUAAGAAUCUUUCAGAAACUCAAGACGAACAGAGCAAAAACACAGAAAAAAGAAAAGAAUUGAAAGAAAGAAUUUUUGAAAAAGAUGAAUAUAUGUUGAAUAAAACCCUUCAAGGCAGUCAAUUACUUCUUCCUUAUGAAUCUAAGAAAUUAGUAAGAUCAACAAAGAUGCAUUCUUCAGAACCAAGAAUUAUAAAUAAAAGAGAAGGAAGUUCUGUGAAGCAGUUGAAGCCUGCCAACGCUGACAUCAGACAAAAAGAAAAUACACAGGUGUUUAAUGACUCUGUUGUGAAUAACCAUUCAAAAUGUUCACAUGUUACAGCUAUUAAAAGUUCACAAAAUUUUAUGCAAUUAAGAUUGUUAACUCCACAGAAACAAUCAAAUUGCAAUCAGUGGUUUGAAAAAGGAGAUACAGAUGCUGAGUGUGGAAAUAAGGGGACAGUAAGACAAUUAAGAGAAGGAAAAUGUACUUCACAAGUUGUAUAUGCAGAACACUUUGGGAAGCCAAUAGGAAAUAAUAGCACUGAAGGAGAAAGAGAAGGGGCUGAAAAUUUUCCACAAACUCCUGAAAUUCCUAUAUUUUUAAGAAAUCCUGAACCUGUGAAAACACCUGAGUCUUUGGAGAAGAUACAGUUUCCUAAAACUCCUUCAUUUGAAAUAAAUAGAAAUGCAGGAACUGAAACUCAAACACAAAAGGAAUCUCCUGGAUUUUCUUUUCUUAUGAGUUGUACUUCUAGAUCACCUGGAUUGAAUUUAUUUGAUUCCUCUGUAUUUGAUUCAGAAAGCUCAUCAGAUCAGUUUAAUGAACAUUAUUCGGCAGGAAAUUUAAAUCCUCUCUCAUCACAACAAGAAAUUGGUAACUUAUUUGGAAAACCAGAAGGAGAAGAUGCAUUUACAUUUUCUUUUCCUUCAGACUCUUCAACCCAUACAUUUGGAGCUGGAAAAGAUGAUUUUAGUUUUCCAUUUUCAUUUGUACAGGAUCAAAACUCAGUACCUUCUUCUUUAAAAGGUUUUUCAUCUUCCUCACAAAAUACAACACAGUUUACUUUUUUCUGA